AUGCAAGCUCCGUCAUCCGGUUCUCAACGCGCCUUUGCCCAUCGUCGUUCGCCUGGUGCUGAGCCUGGACCACCACCCAAUGUUCCUGUUCGGUCCAUCUCACCAGCGCUGCAGGCUCGGGCCUCGAGCGCCUCGGCGAGGUCUGUACAAUCCACUGGCUCCCGAAGGAUGAAUCGUGAAGGUUCUGGUGGUAGCGGUUCGAAUAUGCCUCUAUCGCAGAUCGAAAAGAGCGUCACCCACCUCCUCGUUGCAACAAAACAGCUUUUAGAAACCUUGACGCAAUGGUCGCGCGGACAAGCCACCGACAGCCAGGUGUCAGAUGUUUACGUGCGCCUGGGCUACGAAUUCAACAUGGCUUGUCGCGCAUUUACUGCCAUUCAUGUUGACACAUCUGACUUAGGAAACGUCCCCGAUUCGCUGCGACAUAUACUUGAGGCGACGCUGAGCCAGGAGGCCAGCGCUGAGAGCUUAGAGAAAUAUUUGCCCAGGAUCCGCGACAUAAUUAUUAAUUUGUUACACGGCCUGAAGCGCAAACAACAGAAGCUGCGCCAGAAACAAGCUCGAGAUCGCGACGGUCAUGCACCCCCCGACAGAGCAACCAGCGUCAGCACAGUUGGCAGUGGCAACAGCGGGCUCACCAACAUGUUGGAGGAGGGUCUAGAGAAUGGGUUCCAACCUCCACUUGAAGAGCAGCCAACUGAAAACGUACCGUCGUCGAGUGGUAGUACAAACCGGUCUCCACGCCGUUUCAAUGCCCAACGUGAAUCGUCUCGACAAUCCGCGAUAUCGGAACAGUCUUCGCUUUCGAGCAACACGAUGCAGAACAUGCCAGUGGUACCGCCGUAUCCCGAAGGCGAGAGCUCAAUUCCUACAGGACCUACUGCACCUUCUGGACCUCAGGGAGGAGAACUCAACAUUGAUUCGUUUCCUCCUCCACCACCCACUCCGCCUGACAACACUUCAAGCGCCCUCGCAGCUCUGCAGAAGGGUGGAGACUUAGAACGACGAGCUUCACGUCGGUACUCUCAAUAUCAAAUAUCCAAGCAUCUAGGCGGUGCCAAUGGCGUUCCAAUUUUGCCUCCACAAAACUCGCCCAUUCCUAAUAGAGGAAGAAAAGAGGUUCGGGAAUCCUUGCGCGCUGUACAGGGGCGACAAUCUAUCCGGCACAACCGCAAUAACUCGAGCCAGUCCAUGCGAGCAAACACGGCCGAAGACUCUCCUGCCAGGAUACCGGACAAGGUUUCUGAAGAGAAUCCCGCAGCAGAACUGCCCGCCAAAAUAGAUAGUCCCGUGCCACAGACUCCAGACGAGGCAUAUGCUGCCAGUGCGACACUAAGCGGGCCUCCUACGGACCCUAUGUUCUUUCAGGACGAUGGUAACUCGCCUGAAACUGAGAAAUCCAAACCCGAACCCGAGGUCAUACCCACACCACCACCAAAACCUGCUGCAACAUCAUACUUCCAAGACUCUCCACCACCAACACCCUCAAAGGAUCUCACUUUGUUCCUACAGUACAAGUCCAAAGUGAAGAAGUUUGUUUUGUCAGAGGGAAGGGCUGAGCUUACAAUCGGGCGUCUGCAACUAGCUUUCAUUGAGAAAUUCUCUUGGAACACACAACACAAUGGCGCGGAUCUUCCUGAAAUCUACAUCCAAGAUCCCGUUUCCGGUGUGCGCCAUGAAUUGGAGGACUUGGCCGAUGUGAAGGAUAGAACUGUUCUGGUCCUCAAUGUGGAAGCUUUAGACGAGGUCAAGAGGCAUAUCGAUGAUGGAAUUGCUUCCUUAACAGAGAUUGUCCGCGAUGUUAAGCAAACAGUAACAGACCAAGGGGCAGCUCUUCAACGAGUGUCAGACCGGCAGCAGGAAGCAGCAAACGAGAUGGCUCGACUAGCACUAUCACCACCAGCGGCAGCGACCUCAGCGGAUGGAGGAAGAACACAAUUCACCUCCGGACGCAAGUUGAAUAACAGCCAACUCGGAGAAUUAAGGAGCCUUAAACAGGACCUGGCCAUUAUGCGCCAAACCUACUCUAAUUUCCAAGCCGACAUCCAGGAUUCAAUGGCUACUAUUCGUUCCAAAGCUGCUAACGUCAAGGUCGUCACAGCCAAGGCUGCUAUUCCUGAUAUCGAGGGCGACGCUGGCUACUCAUACGUUACCAGCGGGCGCAAACAACUCAACGGCGACUCUGACCGAUUGGUUGGUAAAGUGGACGACCUUCAGGAUCUUAUUGAGGACCUGCGCAAGGAUGUGGUGCACCGUGGUGUCCGACCGCUACCAAGGCAAUUGGAUUCCGUUGGUAAGGAUAUCGCGACUUUGAGCAAGGAAUUGAAGAGAAUGGAAGAAUAUAUGGUUCAGGAGAAGCCCAUCUGGACAAAGAUCUGGGAGAAGGAACUAGAAGACGUUUGCCAGGGUCGUGACGAGCUCCGCCUUAUGGAGGAUCUUUUGGUUGAUCUGCGAGACGAUUUGGAGAAGGCCUCGGAGACGUUCACCUUGGUGGAACAGGCAACCAAGGAACAGAUGAAGGAUAAUGGCACUGGUGCUAGUGCUGGAAACGCUCGACAAUUCUCAAAGGGUCUCGUCAGUCUAGGUAACAGUAGUGAUCAGAGUGCGGCCAAGGAGGGUGUUCUCGGCGAAGUGAGAGCUUUACAGCCGAACCACGAAGAUCGUCUCGAGGCUAUCGAGCGUGCCGAGAAGCUGCGCCAGAAGGAACUUGCAACGCGAAACAUCAACCCCAUGCAUCGCGAAAUCGUCAACUUCGUCGCAGAUGGCAAGCUCAAGAAGUCUGGCGGGUUUGAAGAGGUUGAACGAGCGCGCAAAGCCAAGGACGAUCGUAUCAGACGAGAAGUUUGGCAACGCCAGAACGGCAUCAUUCCUGAGGACCCCAUCGGCGAGGAGGGGCCGGACAGCGAAGCAAUCCAAGAGGCGAUGGACGACGACGAAGCUGAAUUCCUCAGGCAAAUGAUAGCCGAGGAAGAGGCCGCGGCGGCGGCGGCGGCAGCAGCAGAAGGAGAAGGAGAAGACCAACCCCCACCUCCUCCACCAAAGGACGGCGAUGACGACGGCAAGGGGCCGGAACAGCCAAACGGCGCAUAG